AUGUCUUACGUAGAAUAUAAUCACCUUCUUUUUGAGAUAAGCCAACGACUCGAUCAACUGAACCAACAUGAACACUUACUCUUGAUGUGUAGAGGGCUUGUGGCGUCAAGACCUGAAGACAUCCCAAAUGCACUUUCGCUCUUUCGAGAGCUAGAGGAUCGAAAUAAUUUGGCCAUUGAUCAAGUUGAGCUAUGGAAAGAGCUGCUAAAAGCGGUUGGAGAAUGGUCGUUGUUUCAGAAAGUGAGAAAGUUCGAGGACAAAAGGAAAGAAUACAAAGAAUUGCUUGAACAGAUCAGCCGUGCUCUCGACGAAAGCAAUCAAUUGCAGCAGCUGGUUGCUGUCUGCACCGAGAGGGAAGCGUUGGAGGAAAAUGAAAGAAACACUCAAACUGCUCGAAUUUUGUUCGAAAAACUUGAACGCCGAGGAAUUUUUGCGUUUAGUCGCCUUGAUUUCUUGAAAGGGAUUUUAUCGGGAAUUGAGAGACAAGAUCUGGUGAAGAAAGUUCAGGGUUUCGAGAAGCGACGAAUUGAUGAGGAUGAAUUUGAAAGAAGGAAAGGUAACGAUUAUUUAGUCCUCUGCAAUUCUCAUUUUGCCGAUUUUUUUGCGGGAAAGUAUCUAAGAGUCUUUGCUCAAAUAGCAUCCAUCGAGUGACCAUAAUAUGCUGUAUUGAUCAGAAAUCAACAUUUAAAUCCAACUCUGUCAGUUUAUUAUAAUUCUCCUGCCUAGUUUGUCAUUGAAUCUAACAAUGUGCUUUUGAAUCUUACAAUUUAAGCCCAAGCCGGUAGCAUUGUCGCUGCAGCCAGGGUUGUUGGUGGAAGAGGUGAGUUAAAAUUGGUGUGAUUCAAUUGUUGAGCAUAAGAAAGGAAGAGUUCCAAACUCCAUGAACAAACCAAAGUUCUGAAGCACUCUAAACCAGUAAUGUAUUUCCGACGAUCUACCAUAAAAUUAUUUUACGGAGAUAUCAGAAAGUGUGGGUAUCUAGCGUAUUCGUUAACAUGCUCGCGUUUGUGGGUUAUACGCUCGAAGUUGUUUCCAAUUUGUGCGAUCAUUGAAUCCGAGACGUGCCCCCAAAAUUCGCCAGCAAGGAAAUUACAGGGCGUGAAAUUAAUUUUUUUUCUGAUAGCCACUUGGCUCCUAAAUUCUUCAAAGUGGUAGCCAAUUCAAAAAAAAUAAUUGGUCGCCAUUUUCAAAGACAAAAAAAAACUUUUUUUAGGCUGUUAGCGUUUGAGAUAGAUCCUCCAAAAUUAAGUUAGGGAAAAGUCUUUAACAUGCUAGAAAGUGGACACUAGGAUGGAUGAUAUACAACGCUCAAGCUCACCUAAAUCCAAAAUGGCGUCUAGUUAUCGAUCUAGAUGCAUGUGCUGCGUUUUGGAAACAAACUUAACGAGGAAAUUUGCCGCGGAUUUAUCGCUGCAAAUCUUUUUAAUUCUCUAUAUCUCUUGGUAAGCUUAUGAUGAAACAUUCUAGUCGCCAAUUUGGCUACUAAUUUUCAGGAUUUGGUCGCCAAAGUGAAAAAUUUAGUCGCAUUGGCACCUGUAUCAGGCGCAAUUUCACGCCCUGAAUUGACAAGACGGAUAAGUAAUAUAUUUUAAAGUUUUUACAGGAGCGUCCAUCAACAAACACUAGUUGUUUAUUGUCCACCUAAAAUUUAGGUAUGAUGUAAGCGAAGCAUUUUAUUGAUGGAUGUUUUUCUUCUGGUGCAAAGUUGUUGUGAGACGGUUAUAAUCCCUUCAGUUUAUUUGCUCGCUUCUGAUUGGUCCAUGCGCGUAGCUGGCUGAAAGCUAAAGAAUACCAUUCGAGCGAGAUUUCUAAGAUUCCACAGCCAUAUUCUCCAAAAAUGAAACCAUAGGUAAACCAUGUUCGGAUAAAGGGGUAAGUUUCUAGAGAAACUGUGGUGCUGCGUCGGUGGGAGAGUAUAGCAGGUAAUUUAGUGUUAACAACUGGGUUGAAGACGUAAAUUAGCCACCGUAAAGAGUAAAAAAGCUGACGUUUCGAGCGUUAGCCCUUCGUCAUCGCUACUGACGAAGGGCUAACGCUCGAAACGUCAGCUUUUUUUACUCUUUACUGUGGCUAAUUUACGUUUUCAACCCAGUUGUUAACACUAAAUUACCUGCCAUGUUCGGAUAGUCUGCUUCUUAGAAAACAUAAACAGACAGACACUUAUUCGGACAUCAUUUGCAUCGGACUACGAUUAAUUUGGUUUAACGUUGUGAUCAGGUUGUCAUGGAAGGUAUGUUUUCUCGUAAAUCGCAAAAAUGAAAAAGUAAUCAGAUUAAAACAAUGCAAAACAAAAUCCUUCCAUGUUGGACAGUCAUAUUCCCACACCUCUCACUUUUUUUCCAAUUUUUUUACCACCAAAAGUGAUUGAAAUAUCAACAUUCAAAAUUAAAUUUAGUGCUAUUCGUUUUAGUACUGAACAUGAAGACAGUGUGUGGAGUGGCAGCAGCGGGAAUAACCUUACUCACUGUCCAUGAGAUUUUGACUCGCUGGCCAACUUAUGAUCAGUUAGUCACCAGCUUCCAGAAAUGUGUGCUUCCUGCUGGUUCAAGAUUGAUUGAAGUGGGUCAAGGGUGCGUAUGCUUUACAAUUCAGGUCGACAAUCUCAUGGGACUCACUGCUUUGUGGAACAUGUACGAGGAUGGCGGGCUCAAGAAACGUCUAUUCGAUUUUUUUGUGACUGAUGAGAUGAAGACCCGUGCCGGUGGUGAAGAGAAUGUGGAAUUGACUGUGACGAUUGAAAAAGAAGAAUAUGAGAAAGCUUACUUUGAGCUUGUUCAAGAAGCUGACGGUGAGUAAUUUUAUCUGAAGGUGUAGCGAACUGAAUUUGAAGAGCGCAGAAGGAUAUUAAUUAAAACAAAGGCGUUUGUUGAUAUAUGUUUAAAAUAAAAAACACUGGGGGUGUUUUUAUUUUGCAUCUUUUAUACCCUCGCAGGCCGAUCUCCUCCGGGGUCAUUGCUUCAGUAGCAAGUUGAAAAAAAAAUUGGUGUAUGGAUUGCUCUAUUUUGUCUCAAUCCGUAAACAACUUUUUUGUCAAAUUUUGCUUUAUAGAUUAACAGUAAUAUAUCAUAGGUUAUUAAAAAGCGAAGGAAAACCUAUUUCUUGGACUAGUCAAUUGCGAUAAAUAUCCUCUUUGAAGCUGAAGCAGUGCAUGCAUGAGCAAUCUACGCACUUGCAAUCUUCUUCAUUUUGAUUUGCCAACUUGGGUUAGUCAAUCUCAUUGGCUUAUUAUAUUUCCCGCUUAAUUUUGUUUUGGUCGUUGAACUGUAGGAAUUUAGCUGUUCAAUAACAAGAAGAAUAGGUUUAAUCGCACAGCUUUGCUGCUGCUUCAACCAAAUUAACUUAUGAACAAGGGCUGUUUCAAGUAAGUCAGAUAAAUAUGGAUAUUUUUUUGGCCACACAAUUAACUGUGGAAAAGGUCAUGGCCUUUUUCGACUCGACGUUAUCGUUGCUGGGAAAUUUUUAAAUUUUCAUUUUCGAAGUAUUACCAUUGAGAGAAUUAAACUUUGACAGCCUGUUUUAUUUUCGGUAUUCAGGUUAAUAUUCAAUCACUGAAAUAUCGGACACAAAAUAUGGAAGAGAAUUCAGUUCCUUUAAUUGCAAACCAUGGCGUCCAAAUUUGUAAGGAAUUUCUUUGGCGGAUCUACGCCGGGUUUUUCGAUCGGGUGGUUCGACUGAACCUCCUAAACUGAAAUGAAAACGAUAAAACACUUGUAGUUUUUCACAGAAACCUUAAAUUGGAUGCCCUAGGAAAAUAUUACUUGUUGAUCCCAUUUCAUCCAAGAGCGGCGAGGGAUGCAUAUCCCCGCCCGCUCUUGGAUGGUCCGCUUUCAGUGGACAUUUAUCUGAACUCCCCUUCACUAAAUCCUGCAUCUUUCCCUAAUCGUGUGUGGGUGGGUGCGUGGGUGUCUGUGUGUGUCAGGUAUGAAAACUACAAUAGAUCUGCAAAUAAUCAAAAUGAUUGUCUGGCCACCGUUAGGUAACCAGAGGCGACCUUUGGAACGAGGUGUUCGAAGGCACUCCGACUCAGUGUUAUCUCUCCCACCUAGAACAGAUGAAAAUUCUCCGACAACAAUAGCACAACUUAAGAACCAAGUCAAGUCUCUGGAGGAAAGAAUAGAAGCUGUAGAGACUCAAAUGGUUCAAUUUGAGAAAGGUAACUAUGCAAUUAAAGGAUUUGUUUCUCUAACUAUGCGAGAAGGGAUGGUAAAUGAUAAAAUGUCACAAUCUAAUUAAAAAGUAAAUGAAUAUCUCUAUCGUCUCUAAUAUAGAGGAAAUAUCACACCCAAAAAUAAAGUAAAAACUGUAAUAUUUUAGGUGCCAAAUCUUCAAUCCACUGACCAAUACAUUGGAUACAAAACGGUUACUAAGUUUUAUUCAUUAGAUCUGCUAAUUCUCUGGAAACAUCUGUUAAAUAUUAUCGGUUAUUUUGUUAAAUCGCUAAUGUGAGGAUAAAGGGCUAUAUUGGUGGUAGAUUCUUCACUGAUUUUAUUUAUUCUGGGUGUCCUGCUGAUAUUGCGAGCCCUGUAUUUAGCAUUUAGAAGAUGCGUUUAAUUAAGAUGCGAGCGAUGCUCUCGUUUAUUAUUAAAGAUAAUAGCAUCCCUUUGGUCUCUUGCACUCGAUUUUGAAUUGUGUCUAAGUAAGAGGCAAUGCUGUCACUGUCAACUUUGUCUUUUACUAACUGAAAUUUAGUAAGUUUUGAUGAGAAUACACGCAGGCGGCCCAAGCUCCAGCUGUGAGAUUAUCAUCUUGCAAAAUAAGAGUCAUGGCGAAAUUAUAAAUGUUCGUAUGGGAAUAUUUACGACCGCUCUUAGGAAUAAAAUACAAGUCAAAUUCUCAAUAAAAAUACCUCACCUUACUUCCACAGUGUAUUGCUCGUUAUCUGACCGCUUACUAUGUUGAAAAGAACCCAUUUUAGCAAGUUAUCCAUUUCUAGGUUCACUUCGGUUUCCCUCAUGAGUAGUUGAGCGGUAGUUGUACUGUGCAGUCCAUACUGAUACUAAUAGCUUGAUUUUUUUUUACUCUGGGAUGAACUACUCUACACAAACUUACAAGUAGCACUUAAUAGUAUCAAUUCUUGCUCUUAGACCACGGAAGGAAGGCCACGGAAAUAAUUCCAGCAGAGGAAGGUAACUAAAUCAUGCAAACACUCAAGUUAAGCUAAAUGAAAUAUAUACAGUCAAACCUUUAUUAAGCAGUCACCCGCGAGGAAUGACGGGGUUGGCGCUUAAUACAGGUUAACUGCUAAAUACAUAGGUAUGAUAUGAUAAAAACUGAUUUAAAAAAAACGCCAAUUUAUGCCAUAACUGACAAAUUAUUGUGAAAAAACUUGAUCAAAACUACCAUUAGCAUUGAUUUCGGACUGAAUUUUACCUGAAAGAUUAUUCUUAGUUGGUGGAGGACUUUCUGAGGGGAUCACAUGGUUUUCAUGGGGGAUCAGUCGUAACCAACAGAGUAUAAAAUGGGGGGGUACUGUAGAAAAUGAUUUACCAUUUUACUGCCGCCAAGGGGAGGGGGGUCAUAAGAAUACAAAGCAGCUUCAACCAGGUGAACUUUUUCGUGUCACAACCAAAUUCCUUCUACGAAAGAAAAUCUGAGAUUCGUUUGAACUGUUUACAACUGAAUUAAGAACAAGUCUCUGUAAGAAUCAAACAUCUUGGGAAAUGAGAAUUUUCAACCCCCCGUCAAAUUUUGCAUGCAGUUAGGCACCCAGGGGGGAGGCACAAAAAUGCCCUUUUUAAGGUCGCGGCACUCUUGUUGCCAUGGUAACAACGGCUGCUUGUUCGAGGUUCGGAGCCUCAUUUUCAUACUUUUUUGCGACGUUUUUGUAUGAAAAUGAGGCCUCAAGCCUCGAACAAGCAGCUGUUGUUACCAUGGCAACAAGAGUUCUGUGACCUUUAAAAAGGGCAUUUUUGUGCAUCCCCCCUGAGUGCCUAACAGCAUGCAAAAUUUGAAGAAGGGGUUGAAAAUUUUCAUUUCCCAAGAUGUUUGAUUCUUACAGAGACUUGUUCUUAAAACAGAUAAGGCCUUUCGAGAUUUCAUUCCUCACAUGCUUACAAAGGCUUCUCAGAGAUGUAUUAAAUGUAUUAAAACAUUCUAACCUUUUAAUAUAUCAAAUUAGAUAUGUUCAUUUGCGCGAAUAAUUUGAUGAUUGAAUAGAUAAAAGCGCGAGUAGAUUAUACCAAGAGAUUAUGAACAGUUUGUAUUCUCUUGAUUAUACCUCGACCGAACACUAAAAGCUUACGAGGAGUGCCAUAAUUUUAUUUCUUAAAAUUUUUCUAUAUUCAACCUGCUCCCACUGUAAACUGUGAAACAUCCUGCGAAAAGCUUCUCAACGCAUAAAUGCAUUCAUACUCUUAAAUGACGUUUUUAGGCAAAAUAUUUUGUUCCUUUAUGUUUCUUUAGUUCAGAAUGCCAGUUACGAAAGGCUCGGAGACAAGCCAUGGAGGAUUGACGAACACAAAUGGAAUUUAACCAAAAUGUACGUGGAAAGUUUACCGUUGGAGACGAAAAGUUUAAUGUCUGAAGCAUCUGACAGCGGUAUGGGAACUGAAAGAGCACCAUCUGAAUUAGAUGUGGAUAUCGGUGGUCAGUAUCGAAAAGUCAAAGUUACCCAUGCUUAGUUUCUGUUUUUGCUUAGUUUCUGUUUUUGUUUAGUUUUUGAUCUUGUUGUAAUGAUAGCUAAAAAAAACCGUUAUCAUUAUUCGUAAAAUGCAAGAAACCGUGUUUGAAAUGUCAUGUAUAGGAGGUGCAGUUUACUUUUUGAAUGCCGCAAAACUCUAGAAUAAAAAGUUAUCUUUCGGCACUCUUUAUCCCCACGUUAUCAACGAACGCUUUUCAUUCAACUUAUUUAUUCUUGUUUUUCUAGUAACAAAUUCCCACCUAAAGCCUUGUUCCAUUUUCUGUAAAUAAACACACACACAAGCCUCAAUUCCUCCAUUCGCUCUCACGAAGGGCUAACGCUUGAAACGUCUGCUUUGAAACCCCUCACGAUGGCCAAUUUACGUUGAACUCAUCAACUCAGUUGAUAAUACCAAAUUAUCUUGUUAAGUAUUAUUAUUAUCAUCAUCAUUAUUAUUAUUAUUAUUAUUAUUAUUACUAUUAUGCCGAAAAGAGCCGCUAAAUUUGCGAAGCGAGCAAGCUGCGAAAUACGAUACCUUGAAUUAUAUAACAGAAUAAUGUAAAAGAGAAAUGGUGGAUCGGUGGAACGGCGGAAUAUCUUAAGACGCGGAAUGACAGAAUAUCCUAAAUCGCGGAAUGCCGUUUUGCAUGCAAAAAUUGUCCAAAAAAAGUAAAAUUGCAAUAAAAUAAGAAAAUUAAAAGAAGCUUAGGUAACAUUGUUGGGGCCCAGAGGAUAGUGGAACCAUGAGGCUUUCGAGCUAGCCCCUGCGAAACUACAUUCUCGCUGCAUUAUACAAUCUCUAGUACUUUCCAGUGCUACAAAAAUUGUGUUAUAUCAGAAGCCACAUGUAAUCUUUGACUGUCUGUUUUUAUAUAUUGAGUAAAAACGUUCCUAUUAUUACAAAAUACCGAAAGAUAUAACCAUUUUGCUAUGAAAUUUUAUUUUUCAUUUAUUUUUUUCUUUAGGUAAACUGGACACUGAGACGGUAACAGGCGACGAUUGGAACUCACUGCCAUCAGCUGUGCGGACUGGCAACUUUGCCAUCAUCGAGGAUAUGUUGUCACGUGGCUUGGAUAUCAACACAAAAAAUAAUGAUGGCAACACGGCUUUGAUUUCAGCUGCUUCGACUGGCAAAAGAGAUGCCGUAAAGUAUCUCUUAGAGAAGGGAGCUGAUCCCUUUAUUGAAGGCCACUCUGGCAUUAAUCCGCUACACGCCGCUUCAAAGGAUGGUAAUGUUGCAAUCAUCGAGAUGGUAAUGUCACGUGGUCUAGAUGUCAAUUCAAAAGGUAAUACAGGCAUUACACCAUUGAUGGUGGCUGCAGAGUUUGGCAAGAUUGAAGCUGUAAAUUAUCUUUUAGACAAAGGAGCCGAUCUCUUUAUUAGAGAUCAGUUAGGAAGAAAUUCACUGCACUUCGCUUCACGGAGUGAUAAUGUCGCAACCAUCGAGGCACUAAUGUCACGUGGUCUAGAUGUCGAUCUAAAAGAUAAUAGAGGAAGUACACCAUUGAUGUUGGCUGCAGCGUUUGGCAAAAUUGAAGCUGUAAAUUAUCUUUUGAACAAGGGAGCCGAUCCCUAUUUUAGAGACCAGUUAGGAAGAAAUUCACUACACGCCGCUUCAGAAGGCGGUAAUGUCUUAAUCAUCACGACAAUAAUGUCACAUGGUCUAGAUGUCGAUAUAAAAGAUAAUGACGGCAGUACACCAUUGAUGUUGGCUGCAGAGUUUGGCAAGAUUGAAGCUGUAAAUUAUCUUUUAGACAAGGGAGCCGAUCCCUUUAUUGGAGACCAAUUUGGAAGAAAUUCACUGCACGCCGCUUCAGAGGGUGGUAAUGUCGCCAUCAUUGAGACAGUAAUGUUACAUGGCCCAGAUGUAGAUUCAAAAGAUAAUAGAGGCAGUACACCAUUUAUGUUGGCUGCAGCGUUUGGCAAAAUUGAAGCUGUAAAUUAUCUUUUAGACAAGGGAGCCGAUCCCUAUAUUAGAGACCAGUUAGAAAGAAAUUCACUGCACGCCGCUUCAGAGGGUGGUAAUGUCGCCGUCGUCGAGACACUAAUGUCACGUGGUCUGAGUGUUGAUCCGAAAAAUAAUAGUGGCAUUACACCAUUGAUGAUGGCUGCAGCGAGUAGCAAGAUUGAAGCUGUAAAUUAUCUUUUAGACCAGGGAGCCGAUCCCUAUAUUAGAGAUCAGUUUGGAAGAAAUUCACUGCACGCCGCUUCAGAGGGUGGUAAUGUCGCAAUCAUUGAGACACUAAUGUCACGUGGUCUUGAUGUCGAUUCAAAAGAUGGUGAAGGAAAAACACCAUUGAUGUUAGCUGCUGCGCGUGGCAAAAUUGAAGCUGUAAAUUUUUUUCUAGAAAAGGGAGCCGAUAUAUAUAUUAGAGACCAGUCUGGAAGAAAUUCACUGCAUGUCGCUUCAGAGGGUGAUAAUGUCGCCCUCAUUGAGACAGUAAUGUCACGUGGUCUAGAUGUCGAUUCAAAACUGCCCACUAAUGACAGUACGCCAUUGAUGUUGGCUGCAGGACUUGGCAACAUUGAGGCUGUGAAUUGUCUUUUAGACAAGGGAGCUGAUCCCUUUAUUAGAGACCAGUUAGGUAGAAAUUUACUGCACGCCGCCUCAAAGGGCGGUAAUGUCGCCAUCAUCACAAAAAUGCUGUCACUUGGUUUGGAUGUUAAUUCAAAGGAUGUGAUGGAUCGCACACCGUUUAAUAUCGCAGAACAAUUUGGUCAAAUUGAGGCCGUAAACUUCCUACUUAGCAAGGGAGGACAUUAGUCUAUUUCUUAUUCUCAAUUUAAGGGCCCCGAAUGACCACCGCUGUAAACCGCACGAGUUUUACCGGGAUGCAUGCUCACGAACGAUGAAUUUUGAAGUAACUGUUACUUUUACUCACAUAAUAUAGACUGCAUUCGCCAAAAAGCUGAGUAGUUAUAGAAAUUUAAAACCUACCUAUAUUACCAGUUUUACAACAUUCUUUGCGAAGGAUUUUAGUUGGUGAGACGAAGAUACAAAGCUUUCUUGGCGGAAAAUAUGUUCGUUAUUGAAGAAGCGCAAAGUCAAGCUUAUUUGACUGACUAUAGGUGUUUUUUCUUUUUUCUUUUGCUUUCAAUUAGACUUGUAUAAUCUCGAGUGACAAUAUUGAGCACACAGUACUGGUAAACGAUUUAUUCAUUAUAAGGCCAGAAAUGUGUUUAUUUUUCGGAGAACGAAUAAUGACGCAAAGCCAGAAGAGUUGAUUGAUAAAAUAUAAAAAUGAAUAUUGGGGUCUUUAUGGACCAAAACGUUUUUCAGGUUCAUAACCCGUCAAAAAAAGAUUGAUCAAAUUUUACAAUAUUGAAUGCGCAAGACUGGACAAUAACUAAUUCAUAAUACCGCGAGAGACAAUUUUUUUGAAGGAACAAAUCUAAGCAGGCAUUUCUGACACCUCUUGGCGGCAAAUUAUAAUUAUUUAAAAUAGCUCAUUUGCACACGAUGUCAUCACAAAUUUGAGUUAAAAUUUUUCACCCUUCAGGCUUCUGUCAUCGAGUGGUAAUUUAUUUAAUUCAACCCUAUAUGAACUCAAAUGUAGAGCUUUAACCCUUUCACUCCCAAGAUCUCACCAGUAAUUCUCCUUACUGUCUGCCAUACAACUCUUUUGAUGUUAAUUUAGAGAAUUUGGUAUUGGAUCAACCAAUAUUUCCCUUGUUGAUAUUUUUCUUUAUUCUCAUCACUUGUCUGUUUGAUAUUGUAUUGAUACUGUAAGGAGAAAUUCUGUCUUGGUCACUUAUGGGAGUUGGAGGGUUAAAGAUGUCCCAAUGAGGAAACAAGAGCUCUUUCAAAAACCCCUUUAACCUGGUACUCUGGAACUUUGCAUCAUAAGUGUGUUAUGAUUUUUUAAUGAAAUGCAUAUUUUAACAUGAGAACUGCAGUACACUGUUAUUUGUUAUCACCAAAUUCAAUGUAGAAUAGUGUGUUUGGGUGUUUUAACAUUCCCAUAUAAUUCAGUUAUAUACUCGUUAUUCAUUUCUAAACUUUAGUAUCAGUAUUUAUCAAAGAUAUGCAGCUGAUGUAGCAUUCUAUUUCAAAGUGGAACCUGUGUCAAGUUUUAGAAUAACAAAUACCGAUAUUACGCAGGCCAUUACAUCAUUGAGGCUACUAUAUCAUUGCGACUAUACUCUAUAUUUUUUAUCGUUAUACAUUGUUGGAACUUAAAAGUGACAGAUGACCAUAUGUUUUGAUCAUUCGAAUGGAAGUAGUCCCAAGUCUUGUAUGUGACAUUGGCUUUGGUUUCAAAGACAUGAACAGAAGUUAUCCUAAUAAUCAAGGGAAAAAUUGUAAGUUCAAUUCUGGUCUUUGAAAAGUGUCAACUGUCAUUUGGAUGAUCACACCACAUG